UGGACUUGAUUAAUUGGUGUUACCGUCCACCCUCGGCCGGAGGAGGGAAGUUGCCCUCCUGCACCUCUGAGCAGGGAAUCCUCCUCGUCAGUAGUAGAGCAGCUCAUGUGGAGGAAACAGCGAGGACAGAGAGCAGCUAGCAUGCGCGGACAAUUCACGUAAAUGGCGCGAUUUAAAAGGAGUUUAUACCAGCGUCUGCUGUUUGUCGUUUUUCUUCCAAUCACAGGUGUGUUGAGCUUUAGUGAGUUGUUUUUCAUCAAGGAGCCCCUCGAUGUCACCGUCAUACGGAAAGAAGCAGCUAUUUUGGACUGUCAGGCGCGUGGAGAGGCGCCCAUCGACGUCAGAUGGCUCAAGAGCGGAGUACAAAUCGCGGAGAAUGAGCGGGUGUACCUGCUCUCCAACGGCUCCCUUUUUAUUUCAGAGGUGGAGAGCAGAAGAGGAGACAAAUCAGACGAAGGGUUUUAUCAGUGCCUUGCUCAGAACAAGUAUGGAGCAAUCCUGAGCCAGAAAGCCCGCCUUACAAUCGCAAGUAUUUCCUCAUUUUCAGUCCAGCCGACGUCUAUUGUGGCGACUGAAGGCUCAGUCGCCAGGUUUUCCUGUAAAAUUGUUGCACACCCUCCUCCCAUCAUCACUUGGGAGUUCAAUCGGGUCACAUUACCCCUCGCCACUGAACGAAUCACAGUCCUGCCCAGUGGUGUUCUUCAGAUUCAGGGUGUGCAGCAGGCUGAUGCCGGAAAUUACCGCUGCAUCGCCACCAAUAUUUCCAGUCGCCGCCGAAGCACGGAGGCAACCCUCACUGUGACGCCAGGUCCCAGACCGCAGCUUCCCCAGAGACCUCGUAUCAUCGCUUCACCACAGAACAUCUCGGUGUCACUGCACCAAACUGCCAUCCUGGAAUGCAUGGCCACAGGCAAUCCCCGACCCAUCAUCUCCUGGAGCAGAGCAGACAGCAAGCCUAUUGAUGUUUACAACACCAAAGUGCUGGGGAACGGCAACCUCAUUAUCACAGACAUCAAGCCCCAGCACGGAGGAGUCUAUUUGUGCAGAGCCACCACACCUGGCACAAGGAACUAUACCAUGGCCUCAGCUAAUGUCACUGUGCUAGCACCGCCUUCUUUGGUGGAGUGGCCUGAGAGCCUUACGCGCCCCAGAGCUGGUACCGCCCGCUUUGUGUGCCAUGCUGAAGGAAAUCCAACGCCUCGCAUCACUUGGCUCAAGAACGGAGAAAAAGUUCACUCUAAUGGUCGGAUCAAGAUGUACAACAGCAAACUGGUCAUCAACCAGAUCAUCCCUGAGGAUGACGCCAUCUAUCAGUGCCAGGCAGAGAAUGAGCAGGGAUCAGUCCUCACUAUGGCGAGACUCAUCGUGGUAAUGUCAGAGGACCGGCCAAGCGCGCCCAGGAACAUUCGAGCCGACACUGUGUCGAGCUCUGCUAUCCUUCUGGCUUGGGAGAGACCCCUGUAUAACUCUGAUAAAGUUAUUGCUUACUCUGUGCACUACAUGAAGGCUGAAGGAUUAAACAAUGAGGAAUAUCAAAUUGUCAUUGGAAACGAUACAACUCGCUAUAUUAUUGAUGAUCUGGAGCCAGCGCACAACUACACCUUUUAUGUAGUCGCCUACAUGCCGAUGGGAGCCAGUCGCAUGUCGGACAACGUGUUUCAGCACACACUUGAGGACGUUCCCCUCCGCGCCCCGGAGCUCAGCCUCACCAGUCGCAGCCCCACAGACAUCCAGGUGUCUUGGCAGCCUCUUCCAGACAAGCUGAGUCGUGGCCGAGUCUGCAGCUACCGCUUGUCCUAUCGUACCAGUUCUGACAGCGCAGUCUCACAGAUAGAACUUCCUGGAGAAAAGACCCAGCAUCUCCUGGAAAACCUGCAACCCGACACCAUCUACCUUCUUCGAAUUGUUGCUGCCACCAGUGUAGGUUGGGGUGAGCAGUCCGCCUGGACAUCGCACCGCACCCCGAAGGCAUCCGGUGCUCAAGUUCCCCUGGCUCCUGAGCUGCAUCUGGAGUCUUUAAACUGCACCACUAUUUUGGUACGUUGGCAGCUGGCACCCAGAAACUCAGCGAGUGUGCGGGGCUACAAGCUAUUCUACCAUGAGGAGAGCCAGCCUGAGAGCACCCCAGUUCAGUUUCACGCCUCGGAUAAUAAACACACCAUCGGAGGGCUCGAUCCAAGGAAGAAGUACCACGUUAAGAUCCUGGCUUAUAAUGUUGUGGGAGAUGGGUACCAAGCAGACCAGACUAUCAGCACCCCUGGAUGUGUCUCUGUUCGAGAUCGCCUGGUACCCCCUCCACCUCCACCACACAACUUGUAUGCUAAAACCAACAGUUCGACUGCCGUCUUUCUGCACUGGGGCCGACCAGCAUUCACCUCCAGCCACACAGUCAACUACACCGUCCGCUGCAAUCCAGUUGGUCUGCAGAAUGCCUCCUUGGUGCUCUACCUGCAGACGAGUGAACAGAGUCUCCAUGUGCGAGAUCUGGAGCCCAACACCAAGUAUGAAUUUGCUGUUCGCCUCCAUCUUGACCAGCUGUCCAGCCCCUGGAGCCCUGUGGUCUAUCAGAGCACCUUCCCUAAAGCUCCCUUGCGACCUCCUUCCAACAUCAGAGUGACUCUAAUCGAAGAAGACACCGCGCUUGUUUCAUGGAAGCUCCCAGAUGAACUCAACGUACCUGUGACACGCUACACAAUCCUGUACGCCUCCAGAAAUGACUGGAUAGCUGGGGAGUGGCAGGUGAUGGAAAGGGAAGGGACCAUCACCAUGGCACUGCUGGAGAACCUGAAGCCCGGCCAGGUUUACUUCGUGAAGGUUUCAGCAUCCAACGACAUGGGCGACGGUCCGUUUUCUCACGCGGUGGAGCUGACAGUACAAGAAGAUCUCCCCCUUGGUCAUGAUCUCCGGGUUUCUCGUGGCUCCACAACGUUUUCUGAUAGCUUCUACCACCUGGAUCAGAAGUCGAUGACCGGUAUCAGCGUUGGAGUCUGCAUUGCUCUCAUCUGCAUCAUCAUCUGUGCCUUCAUCAUCAUCUGCAGAGGCAAAAACAGGAAACUUUCUGCUGUGAAAACAUACAGAGAGGCAAUGAGCACAUCUGCUGCAGCUGCAAGACCUCCAUCCUCUCAAGGAGAAGCUGAGCAUGCCGAUGUGAGCGUACCAAUGAUAAAUCAAAACCAUUUUCUUGAUGCAAAGGGUGGAACAGAACUCAUCAUCAAUUCUCUCGGCCCCGUUCAGCACACCGCUGAGAGGAAAAGGAAAUGGUUCUCCUUCAGCAGUGAUGUGAAAAAGGAGACUAAACCCACACAGAACACAAGACUUGACGCUGCCUCUUACCAGCACGGCACCACAGUGCUGACCUACGAAGAGGAGCUUUCUCCAAACCAGCCCACCAACCUGCAGACCCUGCUCGGACGUCCCGGCGACACGGAGGGAUCUUCCAACAGCGAGGGCAGCCACGCCACCGGUGACUCAGGCCGCUACUCUCAUGACGAGACUGAGCUGACCAACCUAUCCUCGGGGCCCAGCAGCCACCUUGCGUCUCCCACGGCGGAGGACGGGACCGAGUCGGACUGUAGCAGCUGCGCCGAAGAGCUGAACGAACUCUCAGAGGAAAAUCAGAGCAAACAGAAGGCGAAGGAGUCAAUGAAUGCUGGAAGCUGUCGACACGAAGCCCAGAGCAGAGUGUGAAGGCAUGCCUGUGUGUGUGUGUGUGUGUGUGUGUGUGUGUGUGUGUGUGUGUGUGUGUGUGUGUGUGUGUGUGUGUGAAGGCGGUAGUUUACUUGCAGAAACAUUCACAUAAUAUAAAAGUGUGCGCACUCACCAGAGCUUUCUUUAUUGUUCAGUUACACUGCACGCCAGUGAGUGCAACCAUGCUGCCUGUUAUUUGGGCUGUUAUGAGUUUGCCUUUUUUGCUUUAAUUGCAUCGCAGAGCUAAGAAAUAGGCACACACAUACCCCUCUGUAAAACAAAAGUGAUAUAAGCAUGUUAAACAGGAAAAGAAACAAAACAGACUAGUCGACUAGACUAAAAGUUAAAAAAAAACCAAAAAACCAUGCCAGAAGCGGUCAAAAGUGAUCACAUUUGAGUGAUCAUGGACGAGGUUAAGCACUGCCUUAAAAGUAAUUUGAAAUUAGUCACAUUUUUGAGUAACCAAAGUGUUUAAAUGUCACUGAAAUGUGUGGCUUUUAGCACAGUGCUUUACGUCACACACAUGCGCCUUAAAGAACUAAUGUGGAGUGGUUAUAUGUCAGUUUACUCUGACAUAGCUGAUAUAAAAAUCCUUUUAAUGAGGAAAGUACUGAAAAGACACCUUUUUUUUCAUGUUUUUUUCCAUCUGCCACAGGAUAACAUCUUAACUUGCAUUGUAUAUGAAUGAUAUAAAUUAUUAGGUAACCUGACUUUGUUUCUGUUGCCAUCUUGUAAGGACGGCAACAUUUAAUCAUCUUGUCAUAUAUUCAUGAACAUCUCUGUUGUAGACUUUGAGCUAAGCUGUCGGCUGUAGCAUCAAAUUAAAGAACAUGAGAUGUGAGCGAUUACUAAUCUUCUCAUCCAGCUCUAGGCCAAGAGAGAAUAAGCACCUAAAAUGACCAAAAUAUUGAAUUAAUCACAAACAACAAACCUGAUAAUGUUAUUUUAAUGUGCAGGUAAACUGCUGGCCUGAAUGUGAGUAUGACUGUGUUGAUAUUUUUGUUUUUUCUUCUUCUUUGUUUCCACACACAGUGAACGCUAAGCUAACAAAGUUCUUCUACAGUAUAAAGUGUUGACAGGAAAGCUCGUUUUAUCCUUUUAACUUCCUUCUCUUUCUCUCUCACUCUCUUUUCAUUUCCUGUGUGCGUGUGUGUGCAUCUGUGUGUGUGUGUGUGUGUUUUUCUCACCCACCAUGAAUGUUUAAAAAGGAGUGUCAAAGUGACAUUUCUGAUGCUAUUUAAGAGUUUAUCACUGGAGCGAAAGGGAGGUCCUUUUUGCUGAUUAUCUACCUCGGUUUGCCUCAUGGGUAAACCUCCCACUGUAAAUUUAAUAACUACUUAAACCUUGCGUUGUGUGAUGGGCUGCUUCCGUCACAUUACACUUUAUACUUCCUCGUCUUCUCUCCUCGCUUUGUUCUGAUGUACGGGACAGUAAGGGCGCUGCAGCUCACUCCUGUCACUCCACCUGUGGUGUGGUCUGAAGGAUGUAACACACACUCACAGUUUAUUAUUUAUCACCUCAGAUGUUGCUGAGGCACUGAGCCAGUAUUAAUAGGUCUUUGUUCAGUUUUUUUUUUUUAUCAGUUACUGAUAUAAUGAAUGUCUGUUUUAUCUUUCUUUUUUCUUCUUUAUGUCGGUGUGCAGUCGCCCUUGCUACUCCUGUUUUUAUACUACCUCGUUUAAGAUUUAAUUUUAUUGUCUUAUUGUUUUCCUAAACUCAGGGAACAAAGUUUAGUACGUUCGAAAAGUCGUGUAGUGUUAUAUGAUGGACUGACAGGGUAUCUUCUCAGUACUAAGAAGUUUUCGUGUGUAAUUGCCUCAAAGAAAACGCUAUGAAUGUAUCUCUGACAUUAUGUGCCAGCAGCUCAGAUGUUUGUGCUGCCCUCCCCACAGACGGACACAUCUGCGGGUUCUUUAAUGUCUGUAUGUUGACUUCUUCUUCAUUGUAUCUGUGUAAAGAUUCACACCAGAAGUGCUUGCAGCGGCAUGUCGGUAUGGAAAAGCUUUAUGAUCGGCCUUAAUGUGGACAGCGUUUCCUCAGACUCCAAAACCAAAGCCUAAUCUCUCUGAGGGAGACGCCCCACGUGAGGAUGCAACACAUGAAGAGUGGUUGUAAUGGAAGUGUUCAAUCAGAGACUGAAGUGAAGAAUGGACAACAUUUACUUAUAAAAAGUCUAUUUUUGUUAGAGGAUGAUGUACUUUAGUUACUUUUGUUCCAAGUAUUUUUGCUUUGCUUUAGAGUAGAUAAAGGUUAGCACUUGUCUGGAAAGUAGUUUGUAUUAGAGGCCAAUGUGCAGCGGUGACUGUGACGCUAUCAUGUUUAUUUUAGUUCCUCAACUGAUCUCUGGCUGGAACAACUGAAACCAAAGACCAAAGAUGAAACCCGGCUUCGGAGAUCAGUUGAUCAUCUAACAAAGCCUUGCACAUUAGUGGCCUUGACCCACGGCGAAGAUUUUAAAGGAAAAGAAAUGGUAGAAGUUGUGGGUUCAAACUCUGAGGGAGUGCCUGCAGGAUUCACAGGCACUAAAUGGAGUGACAAUGACUAAAAGCUUUAUGCACACGAGCCAGGUUAUCCUGCAGCAGAGUUCCUCAAAGACUGAAGCAAACAUACGUCUGCAUGGUUAUAAUGUUAUAAGAGUUAAAUACAGUAUUUUAUAUGGAUUAGCAGUCUGUGUUGCGGCAGUGCAGCUGUGUGUCAACGUGCAUCCACUGGUUUGUCUCCUGUAAAUGAGUGUAAAAAAUAAUUAGAAGGAAUAAAAUGUUUAAAGUGUAUUAUUAUUGUAUUUCUAUAGUUUAAUUUCAUUCUAAGUGCUCAUAAGAAAAAAAAUAUUGCAUUUUUAAGUAAUUUUAUUGCAUAAAUGAGCUAUAAUGUCAGUGGGUGCACAAGUUGUCACAUUUCUGCAUUUUUAAUCAGAGGACUUUGCAGAGGAUUCAAUCAUUUGAAAUAUUUAGGUGACACAAUCAGUUUAACUUUCUUUCUUAAGAAAAAGCAAACCAAAGAAUUUUUUUAUUAAAAGGUCACCGUUGCAUGUUGGCGAGAGAUCAGUUUAAAAUCAUCCUAUCUUUGUGUGAAAUGUUAUUUCCACUGCUGUCGUACUAAUUUUAUUACUGAAUGUUGUGAGGAGGAUGGAAACGUUACAGCGUGUUUUUAAUCAUUUCAUUUCCCACAAAAACAGCUGCUCUUAAGUGGUUUUUCAUAUACUAAAUAAUGUUUUCCUGCUUUCGCAAAAAACAGUUUGAAUCGUUGUCUUCAGACGUACUGCCUGAGCAGAGCUUUAAGGGUCCCAUCCAGAAUCCAAAAACAUCUGAACUUUGUGCUUUUACACGCACAUCACCGCUCUGGUCAAGCAGGUUCUGGAUCGGACCCUUAAGUAGUUCAUGUAGGGACAUGAGUCCUACCUCUGGUGUUUGUUUCCAUAUUGUUUUUAUGGGUACAGAUUAAACGUGAUUGGGGUCCUUAAUGCUUGUAAGAUUUAAGGGCCAAGAUGUACGGCCAUCAAACGUGGGACCUGGGAAGUUGAUGUGCUGCUUUUCAUCUCAUAAAUGUUGAAAACAUGUGAAUUUAAAGGAUUAAACACACACAGUCUUCUGCAGUAAUGUUCUAAUCCUGUGUGGAGGAGCACUGAGGGUCAUUUACAGUCAGACUCAGGGGGACCCACAGCUGCUCAUCCAUCAGGACAAAGCAGGUUUCAAGUGUUUGAAAUUGAAUGUAUCUUUAUGUAAUUAUUAUGUUACCUGAUAUUUUCUCUUAAUGUUUUGUUAUAUUUGGUCUGUGCCAGCUGAAUGACUGAAGUUUCCAAAAAUGUUUAGAUAGAAGUUUCUAUACAAACAGCUAAUGAUAAAAAGUCUGAUUCUCAAUUUAAAUAAAAAUACAG